AUGUCUCGUUCUCCUGCAACAAGUAAUGAUAUUUUGGAAACGGUUGUGGGGAGCACUCCUCAUGCUCAAGAGUUCCCAUCUACUUCAAACAAACCAAAGUCGACAAUGAAGGCACUUCCUAGCUCUGCAAUUGCUUUCGCUCUAGAAAGGUCAAAUGUGACUCGCAGCGUCCACAGUGCAAGAACUGUAUCAGGAGGUCAGAUCCUUGCGAGUAUGACGCUGCUCAAAAGCGCCGUGGUCCGGACAAGCAACCUGGUACAAGACAAAGAAGGAAAGCAGAAGGCGGAGACGACAUUGGCCUCAGCAACAAACACUUUAUCGGUCGACAAAGCCCUUGAACAACUUCAGGACGGGGGGAUAUGGAUUAAUGGGUUGUCCACGACUACUGUUUCCACCACUGAUUGGCCGCAGGCUCUAUGGAGCUCUAAUGGUAUAGCGAGCGGUGUUGACAGCUUCGAUGCAGAUACAACGACGCAAGGUUUUGGUUUCCCUUUGUUGGAUGCACUUGUCCAAGUAACAGAACACGAGGUCCAGGGUAUACCAUUUUGCACUCCAGACCCCCAAAAUCCCCCAGAAUUAUUUCAUUCAUUUUCGACACUAGACCCCGUCUUUUCGAUGACAAAUUUGAUAUAUCAUCCUCGAAGAAUGGCACCAGUACAAAACGGUGGUACCAUAGUACAGGUUUUGAAUGCGUACGACUACGUUCCGAGAGGACCAUCCCUUUCAUUCAGUAAACAGACUUGGUGGGACACACUCCUCACACUGUACUCACACGAUACCACUCAAGCGACGCAAAAGAUAUUCCAAGAUCUCAGCUUCAUCUCCACCUACUGGCUUUCUCAUAUUCAUUUCGGCCGAUUUAUGAGGGAUUUAUGCGACCCUGAACGUCGUUUGGGUAUUCAGCCGUCACUUGUUUUAGCCAUUCUCUCCGUGGCCACCCUGAUGAAAUCCUCCGAAGCUGGCCUAGGCAUAGAGGGGCGUAAAUUUGCGCUAUGGCUUCGUGACGCCGCUCAAGCCUCUCUUGAUGCCAGUGUGAACGCCUCAUGGAUCGAUCCAAGCUUAGCGAGGGCAGCAUUUGUGAGGGACAAAGUUUCCAUAUAUCUUCUCGACUCGUUGAUACAAGCAAUGAACCUCACCACCCUUGACGCUCAUGAUCCGAUGGUCCCACUAUUUCCUGCCGACGAACUUCCAAUCACUUCUACGGAUCCUCUAGCCUUCCUCAAUCAGAAUGCGUCACAAGCCGCCAUAAUCUCCGCAUGUCCCUGGCAUGGUCUCGACGGCUGUCCAGCUUCCUGCUUAAAUACGCCUGCCCUCUUGGAGAAGCUCUCACAAGAGAUGCAGUCACAGGAAGACGAAGCUCAAUUCCUUGAUGACCUUAAGCAGCUCGAAGCUCAUGGAGCAAACCACCUACAAAACAAUACCUGGCUCACAUUCCAAUGGCCAGAUGAUGGGCUUGAGGUUCAAAGAGAAGAAAUUCGAAGGUUAUGUUGGAGCUCUAUGCUGCUAGCUCAUAUGCUCAAGGAAUAUACUCCUCAUUUGGAAGAAAUGGAUUGGGAUCUUUAUCUAUCGAAACAGGAGACUCUACUGGGAAAAGCCUGGAUAGAGGCAACUUGUAUCGAGGCCGAGUUUGCCAAAUGUUUAAGGCCAAAGAAGCGUUUGGCCCUCAAUAUUGGACGAGAAUUUAUAUUUCA